AUGGGGAAGGGGGAAGGGUACGGGGAGAGAAACGCUUCCAUCGCCCCUACAGAAGAGGGGAAUAGAUUUCCUGUGCUAGGGGGUGGAAUCCACCCAGCAAGCCACCCAGAGCAGUCUCCCUUCCCAAGAAUACACAGACACUACAAAGGAGAAGAGGAGCAAAGGCACCAGAGGGGAAAGGGACCUCGCGCCUUUAAACCGGGGUGCACAUCAACCCAGUCUCCCUGUGAGGGCCACACCUUCCUCGAAACAUCCCCCUUCCACCACCCCUUCCGGAGGAGGAGGGGGCCUGGCGACAGAUCGCCGCCCCCCACCCCCGAGCCCCAGCAAGCCGCCCAGCCCAAGCUCUGCAACAAGGGGCGGCGGCGGCGGGGGGUUGGGGGGGGGGGGCGAGGGGACGACCGGGGUCGAGGAGGCGCCCUCAGCGCUUGGGCUCAGUUAAGAUGGCGCGGGGAAGUGCCGGGAGCCGUCUCCGUCGCCGCCUCGGGGGAACCGGCCCGGGCCUCGGCCGCCUCUAGUCCUCACACAGCCGAGGCCCUCUCGGUCCCCCGCCGCGGCCCCUCGGCGGGCGGGCCCACGCGCAGCCCUCCGCCACCAACACCACCCCUGGUAAGGAGGCGCUCACAAAGGGAAGAGAGGCCGCGGGCCGGCCGGCGGACGGCGGGGCGGGGUCCCCCGGGGCCGGGAGGCCUCAGAUGUUCGCGAGUGCCUAGUGCUUUCGGCCCGCGAAGGGCGCAGGGCGAGCGGGACCCCUCCUCUCUCCUCAGGCAGGCGGCGGCACCGACUCAGUCUCUUUGCCACCCUCCCUCUCUCUCCCCGAGCCCUGAAGCCACAGAGCCCGGCCGCUGCCCAGCUUCCCCCCCCUUUACCCGACACCACUCCCCUCCUCCCGACCGUCAUCCCCCGUCUCCGAUCUCGCGAGAUUUCCCGCCUGACAGGCCGGACCCUGCGCGAGACACGACUACAUGCGCGCGCGCGCGCACUCACAGGAGCGCGCAAGGCUUGCUACGGGCAGAGUUGUCCCGGUGGCCCGGAGUCCCAGCCUCUGUCCAGCAUGGCCUCACUGAGUUCGCGGAGCUUCUAAUGCCACGCGGGCGUCAGAUGCAUUCAUUUCACCCCGGAGAUCUGAAGAAGAAGGGUUUAUCUGCACUCCCCUUCCUUCCUGCUUCCCACCUCCAAAGCCCGCCACUGAUCCUGCGAAUAAGUUUGCCCUGAAGUGUGGAAUAUCCCAUUCCUGCACAACUCGGUUCUACACCCCCUCCCCCGUGGGAUUCAGAGAGACAGGGUUUCACCAUCUUGGCCAGCCUGGUCUCGAACUCCUGACCUCGUGAUCCACCCGCCUCGGCCUCCCAAAUGCUGGGAUUACAGUGGCAAGAGGAAAAACAGCAAGUCCAACUCCACAGGUUUGUAAGGAGCAGUCAGCUUUGAUUUGCCCUGCACGUCAUAGCUCAGAAAGUUUUGCUGCUCAUACAAUCCUCAGCAAAGACCAUCCAUUCAUUCCGGGAUUCCCCCAGCUCACGGACACAGGUCGGUCUCUAACUACAGACAGCCUUCUUCUGGGAACUCUCACCAGCCUGAUUUCCAAACUCCCAGUCCACCUUCACAUUGUUUGCCUGUUUUCAGUGCCUUUCCUCUGCAGAUCUCUCAGUAGGCAGCCGUAAGGAGUCAGCAAAGGCUAACACGGCUGCCCUCAGCUGGAAACCUAGUGUAGUGCCUAUUACAUUUCUCCUGGAACCACUCCUUGUGAGAAAGGCAAUUCAAACUAUCUUAAGUGAGCAUCUACUUCCUUUUCAUCUGAGUUAUAAAAGAAUAGUGCCCCCUUUGGCUCAAAUCUAUGCAAUGUGGAGGAAGAAAAGGCAAGAGCUAAUCCUUGCCAUGAAUUCAUCAUUGUCAUCGUCACCAUUUCACCAUUAUCAGCAACAGACUCUAGAAACAACUUGGUGAAGGCUUGAAAAUAGAGGGUAGGGCAGAUAUAGGGCAGCCUUCUCAAGGAUAUCGCCUCCUUUUUUUGAAAAGAGAUGUUCUCUUUUUUCAUCUUUAUUCUCAGUCCAUUUGCCCUACAGCCUCUGUGCUUCCAAGAUGAAGUUCUGAUAAGUGUCUGCUGUGAUAAGAUAAUAAGAGAGUCUAUCUAUGUAGCUUGGAAAUAAACACUGGAAUUGCUUCUCAAAAAUCCAGAUUGAUUUAAACACCCUCUGGCAAUGUUCUUUUGGCAUCCUCCCC